UUUCUCUCUCUCUCUUUAUCUGCCAUCAGUUCACGGGACUAACGGAGGGCAAGCUGUACAUGGUGGAGACCUGGUGCUGUAAUUCCAAGUACUGUGGCGAGAAGACCCUCAGUCAGGUGGCCACCACACCUUCGCCACCCACCUUGUCUGCCGCGCCUACUGUCCUGGAGUCGAGUAAUACGACCAUCACCCUUGCUCUCCCUACCCUGACACGUCACGGAGAUGGAAACAGUUCAAUGGCCGUGGUGGUUCAGCGCACGCAAGAUGACGGUGGUGAGACCGGAGGCCAAGAGGGAGAAAAUCUGCAGGCAUCCGCUAUCUCUCUGCUGGAGAAGGCACUGCACAGGCAAAUUAUCAAGCCAAAGGAAGCCAAUGAUAGCAGGAGAAGGCGGAGUGAUGCCAUGUAUUACUCGGACACAUGGGAGGAGUGCCGGGAACCCUUACGCAUUGCCGCUGUACUGACGGAGGAUGACUCUGUUUUCGUUAUUGGGGAUGGCCAGCGUUACAACGGCUUCUUGAACUGUCCUUUGGAAUCUCAAAAAUCUUAUAAAAUUGGCGUCCUUGCAAGAAACAGGCUUCUGGGUGAGACAAAGUACGACUGGCAGGAGAUACCAGGGGCGGUGCAGGCGAGGACGUAUAGGCAAUCGAACUCUCUCUUGGCCGUUCUGAUUCCUGUCCUGGUGGUUCUGUUGCUACUGGUCGCUGUGAUGGCCUUCGUUAUGUACCGGAACCCAAAACUGAUUCAGAAUUGGAAAUCUGUUUUAAUAAAAGAUCAGCAGGAAAGCAAUUUGGUUCCGAAAGACAGGAAAAUCGCUUUCCACGAUGUUUCGUCACUUCCAGACACGGCUCCGUUAUCUCAAGGGGAUGCUGUAUAUGAAAACAUCGACUUGCAAGACAUUUACGACAAUAACAGCCGUCGUGUUCCUCGCCUGGCGGUCGAGUCGUACCUCAAUCGAGUCAUCGGGUCGACUGAGGCAGCGGACGAGUUCAAAACCGUACUCGAAAACACCGGCAGGAAAAUGGACGUUGGCAGCCUACCUGAAAAUAAGAAGAAAAACCGUUACCGAAACAACUUGCCCUAUGACGACACAAGGGUGAAAUUGACGCUGAAGAAUGGUGUGCCGAAUUCAGAUUACAUCAAUGCCAAUCAUAUUAGGGGUUAUGGACAGAAAAUGCAUUACAUCGCUACCCAGGGUCCCAAGGCAGAAAACCUCGACACAGUAGGGGAUUUCUGGAGGAUGGUGUGGGAGCAAAAUGUAUCGGCCAUAAUCAUGGUUGCUAACUUCAUUGAAAACGGGAAGGCGAAAGUGGCAGAGUACCUACGCUUUGGCUCGAACGUCGAAACUGAAGAAAUGACAGUCAGUAUUGUGAGCAGGGAAAGUUUGCCCCAUUUCGUAUUGACAAGAAUUUGCCUGGUGACUCGCAACGGUCAGCAGCGAGAACUUUGGCAUUAUCAGUUUAUUAGCUGGCCUGACCAUGGCGUUCCAGGGGAGGCACUGUCUCUAGCUUCAAUGAUGAGACACUUCAGAGCCAGUCAGACACACGGCGUGGCGGUCGUGCACUGUUCGGCCGGCAUUGGGCGAACGGGGACGGUGCUGCUGGUGCUGCUCCUGCUCGACAGCCUGGACCUGGACGACUCCAUGGACCCCGUUGAGGCCCUGGCCCGCCUCAGGGACAGCAGGGCGCGUCUCGUCGAAUCGUUCACGCAGUACAGUCUCGCGCUACAGAUACUCGACGAAAUUUUGUUCGGCACCAGUACGAACGUGCAGUUGGCCAGCCUCCUCGAAGAGGCGCCACGCCUUCUACUCGAGUGUCCUAACCAGUACAGGAAGCUCAAGGCCCUUCCUUCAGCGCUCACGUACAGGGUAGCUGAACAACAAGAUGUCUCUGCCCUCACACGGAACCACGCAGCUUUUCCCUCGGACACCUGGAGGAUCUGCCUCACUGCCCAAGAUGGAGUCCACGAAUCGCAUUACAUCAACGCCAUCAGAGUGACCGGGCUUACCAACAAGGAGGCCUUCAUGAUCACUGAACACCCGUUAGCAUCGACAUCGGAGAGGUUCUGGCGCCUGGUGCUCGAGAGAUUCUGUCCCGUGGUGGUGUUUCUCAAUGAGUUCUCGGACAAGGACGAGUUCCCAGCAGUGUUGCCAGACCAGGAGGAGGAGUGGACCUUCGGGAAUUAUCGAGUUCAUACCCACUCUAUCCAACCUUAUUCCCAGGCUCUCUUACAAGCCCGCGUUACUAUUACCAACCCACAGAAUGAGACGUACAGCUUAGUCGUCUACCAAGUGAUAGGCUGGAAGUAUGGCCAGGAACUUCCCCCCUCCGUCGACGUCCCCAUCACCCUUGCCGACCUGCUCUUCCAGGUGCCGCGUGGCCCGUACUCGGGUCCUCCGCUCCUCUGCUGCGGCGAUGGUGUCACGGCGUGCGGACUGGUGGCAGCCGUCUCGUUGGUAUUGGAACGGGCUGUGAACCACCAGAGUGUCGACAUCUACCGGACCGCCGUGAUGUUGCUGAGAUGUCGCCCACAGUUCAUCACCUCUGUGGAUCAGUACGCGGCUCUGUACAAAUCUGCCUCACUGUAUUUGGAGAACUUUGCCACGUAUUCGAACAUUUCCUGAGGAUUUAGAUGUCUUACAAAGAGUUAAGAAGGAGGCAGAACAAGGAGGAGGAGGAUAAGAAGAAGAAGAAAAAAUAAUAAUGAUAAUAAGAAUAAGAAUAAGAAGGUGGAGGAGGAUAAGGAGAAGGAAAAGAAGAAAAAUAAAAAGAAGAACGAAUAGG